CAUUGAAUGGUAUAUAAAUAUAAAUCAUAAAAUCAAUCAAAUAGCGCCCUUUUAUGUGUGUAGUUUUAAAUUAACUAUAAAACAACAGAAUGGAAACCACUUUGCUAAAUAUGUGUAAAUUAGCUUUAUUUUUUUUGGUUAUAAUGAGCGUCGUUCAACACGUCGUGAUAGCUACUUCGUCGCCAAAAAAAUUGCAAAUCGGAGUGAAGAAGAGGCCUGCUGAGUGCCCCAUAAAAAGCAAAAAAGGAGACCUUCUUCACAUGCAUUACACGGGCACUUUAGAAGAUGGUACAGAGUUCGACAGUUCAAUCCCUAGGGGCAAUCCCCUCACUUUUACCCUUGGGUCUGGGCAGGUGAUCAAGGGUUGGGAUCAGGGACUUAUUGGGAUGUGUGAAGGGGAACAGAGGAAGCUAGUCAUUCCACCAGAACUUGCCUAUGGAGAGGCUGGUGCUCCACCAAAGAUACCUAAGUCUGCAACUCUUACAUUCCAUGUUGAUCUUGUGAAAAUCGAAAGAAAAGAUGAACUAUAAGUUUGUGUAAGAAUAAUAUUUUAGAUUUACAUUCUAUUAAUUUGAUAUUGUAUGACCAGUGAAAAACAUGUAACAAAAUGUUUGUAUUAAUAUUAAUAGGAUUAGAUCUCUGUAUGUUGUUAUUGUAAGUAUAAUGUAAUUUAUAAAAAAAAACACAUUUCAUAAUAAUUUCUACCUAAUGCAAGAGUCUAGAAUUUAAGUACUUUGCCAUCACAUUAACUUAUUGAAGUAAAAACAGUAUCACUUUGGUUU